GACGAGGGUUAUUCGGAUGCGUGGUGUUCCGUAAUUUGUUUGCGCUGGUUUCACUUUGAACUAGUUUUGUAAUAAUAGUCGGUGUGAAAGCAUGCUUAAACAACCUACGCGUGAUUUCUUAGAAAAACGAGAUUCAGAUUGAUAUGACGUUAAAACUAUGAGACGAAAGCUCUAAAACCUUUCCUAAAAUCUGGAACAAACGAAAAAUAGGACAAAAGUAGACAUUCCUUCAGAAAAUAAGAAGAAACAAAGCGAAAACGCAUCGUGAAGUCGCUGCUACUGUUCUCUACAGUGUUAUCGCUAGAAGCUUAUAAGUUUUUCGAUGAGCUGAUUGAUUAUAUCUAGCCUUGGUUUUACAAGGAUUUAAAAUUGUAAACGUUAUUAUCACCGAUGGCAAACAAUGAAGGCAAAAAUGGAGGGUUACAGAAAAGAAGACAUCCUCCACAACUGUUUCGACAAAUGGAGCAAGAUGAAAUCGCUUUCCCACAGACCUCUUGCACUGAGGGAGAGGAAUAUAACCUGAAAAUUCCUGUAUCUGCCAAUCACAGCCAUCUUUCAACAAAAUCGAACAGCCAUGCAUCAAGCAAUGCACAAACAGUUGCCGUAUCCAGCGACAAGCCCAUUUUUCAUUCACCAGUAGCAGCUGUCAAGCAACACCAUGGUAUUCAUCCUCGUUUCCCACCACCUGAAGACAGCCGAGCCAGCAGUAGUACUGGUAGUGCAACAACGGGAGGUACAAGUGUAGGUAGUCAAAGUAGUGGUGGUAAGGAUAGCAGCAGUGGUAGUGAUAAAGCUAGACUGGCUUGUUCAAGUGCACUAAAUAAAGGGACUAGAUGUGGUAGCAGUGCUUCAUCAUCGACUGAAGAAACCGAAGCACGUGAAAAACGCUUUGGUAGUGUAGAUUUACAUCCUUUGCCUAGCGUCGCAUUAACGGCUAUAAUGAAUCAAGCGAUGCGUCGUAGUUUCUAUGCUGAAUCUUUAGUUCAAAAUGCUGAACAACUUCAGUAUGCUACGUUACUAUCAGCUCAUAAAAAUUAUGGAGACUCUUCAGGUCCAAUUGAUGUAAAAAUGAGCGCACCAUCUGUUCCACCAUCCAAAAAUGACUUGGUUAAUCUCUUUUCACAAACACCAGCACAUGCCAAUAUAAAUUCUGUGCCACCUUCUGUUCACAGUGCAACUAUUAAGAUCGAUUUGCCCAAGUUUAAUCAAAAUUUGCCAUUGCAUCUUAUCUCUCCUAAUUUAUGGCCACGGUUGAUUUGUCCAAUUCAUGGUGAUAAUUUAUUGGCUCAAUUUUCUCAAGCUUUAUGCAAAAGAAAAAAUGAUAUCAGUGAAACAGACAGUGAACAAAAAACGUUGAAUUUACCAGUUCUAUCUACAAAAAAUGAACAAUCACUCAUGAAUAUCACAUCAUCGACCCCAGAAGAGUCUAAACAAGAUUACAAUGAUAAUGACAUUUCAAAACAAGCAACAAAUGCAACAAUAACUGCACCGGUGCCCGGAACAAGUGUUUAUGGGAUGCCAACAAUGGGGUAUUUUAAUAAUGUAUCUGAAUCAAAUAACAAUAAUAGUGUUCAACCGAAUGGUCCUCAACGUAUUGGUCCAUAUUAUUUAGGUCCCACACUUGGUCGGGGUAAUUUCGCUGUGGUGAAAUUGGGAAAACAUUCUCAAUUAUCUGUAAAGGUUGCCAUCAAAAUUAUGAACAAAGAUUUGAUUGGUUCUAAAAAUCUUGGUAAAGUCUCUCGAGAACUUGAAGCGAUGAAACGUUGUCAACAUCCGCAUAUCGUCCGUCUUUAUCAUGUUAUGGAAACAGAAUCAAAUAUUUUUAUGGUUACUGAAUACGCUAGUAAAGGAGAGGUAUUCGAUCAUAUCAGUCUAUCUCAUGCAUUUACGGAGAAAGAAGCUAGGGAAUUAUUUUGGCAAAUCGUUUGUGCAAUCGAAUUCUGUCAUGCUUCAGGUAUUGUACAUCGAGAUUUGAAAGCCGAAAAUCUUUUAUUAGAUGCUGAUUUCAAAAUUAAAGUUGCUGAUUUUGGAUUCUGCAAUUUUUUUCAAAAUGAUCAAUUAUUAUCUACACAUUGUGGAAGUCCUCAAUAUGCUGCACCGGAAUUGUUUAAAGGUGAACCAUACGAUGGAACAUUGGCCGAUGUAUGGAGCUUAGGUGUUAUUUUAUAUAUUCUUGUUUGUGGUUCAUUUCCGUUUCCCGGUGAAUCCCUUGGUGAUAUUCGUACACAAGUACUUCGUGGUCUUGUACGUUUUCCAUUUUAUUUAUCAACUUCUUGUGAACAAGUUAUACGAUGUAUGUUACAGGUGGAUCCUAAUCGACGAUUCAAAUUAAAACAGGUUACGACCACAGCAUGGAUGCAAGAGUCUCCAAAUGUGGAACAUUAUAAAUCACUUAUGGACAAAUAUCAAAAACAAGCAAAAGAACGUCAAUUCGAAGUUUUAUUUCGGCAUCAACAUCCGGAACACAGUAAAAUAGCUAAAGAAGAAUUUCUAGAAAGAAUUGAACGUAAACUUGAUAUUGGUGUUGUGAAAGCAUUGUCUAGAGAAGCAGGUUUAGAUGAAGAACAAAUUCGUCAGUCUACAAUUCAAAAGAAAUACGAUCGUUAUCAUGCAGCCUAUGAAUUAUUAAAAGAAAAAAUUAAAAUAUUUUAUCAUAAUCCUAUCCUACGAAAUUUCGUUAAUGAUGAAGCCAAAAAACAAGCAGGCAUAUUUUCCAAACUAGAUACAACUCAAAGACCUGCAUGGCAGCCAACCUCUGAUAUUCUAGGUGGAUGCAAUUUAUCUGAAGAACAAGUCAAUACGAAUGUUUUAAGCAUAACCACAUCAACAACACAACCAUCUGCAAUGCUUAGUGUAUUGGAUGAAACAAUGUUAGAAGAACAAACUCCGAGCGAUAUUAUCAUGUCCAGUGAUUCCAGUGAUCUAUCAGAUGUAAUGAUGAAGGAUACUUCUUUGUCUUGUACUAGUGUUCAUACAACCACUUCUACAACAAUGAGUACUGUUUUCAUCACGGCGUCCAAUCUUGAAAAACCUGAAAACUCUUGUACUUAUAAUAAACAGAAUACAACUGUUACAACUAACAAGAAAGAUUUUAGUGAAAGUAGUUUAAAAGAGUGGAAAUGUGCUACACAGCCAAAAAAUACUGAAUUGAAUGCUGCCAUAUGUAUAUUAAAAGCUGAUGAAGAUGAAAUUCUCUCAAAUUUUGGUAUUGAUUCAGGGACAAUAAAUAAAUCAUUUUCUAAUUCAAUACGACGUCAUACAUUACAAUUUACUACUUCAUUAUUUCGUAAACCAUCCAACCAACGUGAUAAUCCUGAUAAUAUUUUAACAAAUAAUGAUGAUGUUAAUAAUCAUCAGUCGGAUACAUCUUCUGCCACCAUCAACAGUAUGUCCAUAAAAAAUUCCAAUGCAAAAGCUAAACAAUCUCACGAAUUAACUGAUGUGAAUAAUAACAGCAAAAGUUCUUCAUCUGAUGACAAUAAUAGCAGUAAUAGUAAAACUAAUGGUAAUAGUGUUAAACGAACUACAGUACGUCGCUUUCCGCGUCAAAUUACUCAACCACAUUCAAAUCGAUUACAAUAUAAUCAAACUAGUCCGGAUAAUUCAGAUCAAAUGUUACUUAACCGUUUAGAUUGGUUGCCAAAUACUUGGGAGACAACCCAGACGGGCUAUCGGAAAUCUCAUUUACUGCAAUCAUCAAGACCUUAUUUAAAUAAAAUUAGUAAACAAAAUGAACAAACAUUAACAUCACUUGAAUUAGGACAAGAAGCAGCUACCACAAAGUUACCACCAAUGAAAAGGGAUUCAAUUACCAUAGAGACAACAAUAGGUGAUGAUGAAGAAGAAGCAGAGCAAGACGAUGUUUCAAUUCUAAUUGAUCAGGAAAACAUCUUGCCAGAAGAAAUAUCACAGUCUAUCCAAUUUACAGAAAAUAUCUCAUCAGUUGGUGAUUAUAAUGUGACAGUAAUGAAUAAACCAAAUAUGGUAUCUGAAAAGACAGAAUGUCCCAAUCCAGUUGAAUGCCCAUAUGAGUCUACAUCAAAAAGUCAACUGAUUCCUUCACAAUAUCCUAAUCCACAAACACCAUCAUGUGAUCCUUUGCUGUUAGAUCGUAUUCCAGAACAAAUUUCAAUAGAUAUGAACACAGAGACUAAUGAAAAAGUGAAUAAUACGGCACAUGUCCUAAUUGAAAAACCAACCUUACUAGAAGAUCCUUGCUGGUCCACUGUUCGCAUUUCAGGUGGAGUGGAUGAAGAUGAUGAUAAUUCAUGUGAUCCAACAGCUGGAGUACUGCGUACACUACUUCCACAGCUUAACUUACCGGCGAACUUACCAGCUAUGAUUCAUCAACCUGUAGCUUGUUUUACUGUUAAGGAUCCAAAUUUACUUGCUCCACCAGAGUUUAUGACUCCACAUAGUUCUAGUUUUCCUCGUAGAUCAUCGGAUGGUGCCGCUGAUCUACAGCCACUUCAUCGACCAGUAAUCACAGUGGGGGGAAGUUAUCCGGAACAAGCGAAUUACCGUAAAGAGGAUUCUGGUGCUGAGAGUGAAAAUUCAUCUUUGUCUGUAAUCAAUACUGUUCAUAAUUCAAAACCAAAUUCCAUAGAAGGAACCACAUCAUCUGUGAAGAAUUCCGAUUGGAUUCAAACAUCUCGACCAAAACACGACAAUUUUGAAAAUUCAAAACCGUUAUCCUCUUCAUCUAGUGAUCAGCCGCAACAAACCUGUCAACAACAGCAACUCCCGGAAUCUCGUUCUCGAACAUUGGCCGCUCAACAACGUUCAUUAUUCUCUGCUUUACAUUCUCAAAAAAGACGUCUUCCUUUAGGAUUAUGGUGGAAACUUACACAUAAAAAAUUUAAUCAACCUGGUGAAAAUUUAAAAAGUGAAUUAUGGGAUGGACAAUUUAUUCGACAUCAAAAACGUUUUAGUUUACCUGUAAAUUGUGGACCAGUGAGACAAUCAUCAGGCACCAUCAAAACUGAACUACAAUGUAGGUGUCAUCAACCAUUAACUUCCGAAUUAUUACAAGAAAUUGAACAAAAAUUACAUGAUACUUCAUGGAUUCAAAAAAUUCCAGCUUCUGAAAUUUCAAACAUGCAAUGUAUAACUAAUGAAAAUAAAUUUAAUAUAGAAGAGAUACCAGAAAUUUAUCGUCGUGGAAGUGAAGCUAGUCAAAUGUCAGCAUGGGAGCAACGUUUAAGACAAUAUAAUGACCUAUAUGAUCCUGGUGCACAUGCUCAAGUGACAUCUAGUUUUCAUCAAGCAGUUCCUGAAAUAGAAGCAGAUGAAGACGAAGACGAGAAAUUAGUUUCAAAUUAUCCAUUCUUCACUUCUCCAUAUACUAACGAUACAUCUGUUCCAAAUACAAGAUUAAUAACAACUAAAUGUCAAGAUAUCAGUUCAUAUAAUGAAACAAUCGAUACAGUAAAAUCAAGAACAAAUACAAGUACUCCUCAAUUUGUACAAUAUAAAACACAACAAUAUUUAUCAAGUUCCGUCAUAGACGAUAAUCCAUCAAACCCUAUUUCAAAUAAACCGUACAAUUCACACAUAAGUGCUCCAAAUGUUUCCCCAAUUAGUCAAUCAGGUAUUGAAUUGACUGAUUUGAAAACUGAGCUACAUAAUCUUGAAGCAGAAAGAAGUGCUGGACAUUCAUCUUUUACUGGUGGUAUACUGGUAUCCUCUAUAGAAUCAUCACGAUCGGUAGAUGAUAAUAAAAUUCAUAAGUCAAAUGAAUCCACCCAUCUACCAGAAUUCAUAUUAUCUUCUGAAACAUCAAAUAUACCUUCGUUUUUAUCUGAUUGUGCCAUUAAUAUGCAACAAUCCGCAAUACCGAUUAAAUAUACACUUAUACCAAAUGAACAAUCUCCGUCUACUUCUUCUUAUACACAUCGGUCUAGUAGUGACUUCGAUAAUAAAACACAUCGUCGGGCAUCAUCUGUCAUUGAUAAUCCGGUAACAUUAAACUAUUUAAUUCCCCCUAACAGAGAUAUCUGUGAAACUUCAAGGGAUAACAUUCGUAGGCAUAGACAUUCUGUUAGCGAAAUGGUUGAUAAUAAACAAAAUUAUAAAUUUAAUUAUGAAUUUUGUUCCGGUGUAGGCUCCGAUGUAUUUAAUGUUAGUUCAGAAUUGCAUCAACCCACAAUACAUGUGGGUCUGAGUCCGGAUUUGGAAAGUACCGAAGUUCAACUACAUGAUGAGAUGAGCAUAAAAUCACUUUCUUCCUUUUCCAUGGUUGAAACACCAGCUAACACCAAUAUGAAUAAUACAGGUAUUGGUCAGCGCCUUUUCGAACGAUUACAUCCUGAUCGACCAAACUAUCUACAUAUAUUACAACAUUCAGGCGGAUCAUCAGAUCGACGUUUGAGUCCUGAUUUCCUAAGAAGUCCUCGUAAAAAAGUAAGUUUUUAUGCAUAUAAUUCCUUAAUCUUAAAUCAAUAUUUGUGAGAAUGCUGACUACAGAUUAUCCGUUCAGUUUCAGUCUUAUACAAUCUAGCUAAACACAUUGUUGAACACAUUAUCAGGAAUAUAUUUUCUAUUUAUUAGUUCAGUUAGCUAUAUCGAAACACAACCUAUGGUGGUUUCUAUUUCUGCUCAUUCAGCCGUAACGGUAGACGUUUGUUCACUUUCUAGAAUGAAUUUUUAAAGUAAAUGACUCCAUGUAAGUAGUCAACUUUGUUUGAAAUAACCCUAGCUACUCAUUUGUCAUUACUAUAAGCUAACUGAAUAAGUCUGUUAACAGUCAGUUCUACUGUUACGGAGACUAAAUUUAUGAAACAAUACUUAGAUGGAAAAUUAUUAUGAAUAGAGAGUUGUAUAAGGUAAACUAUUUCAUCUACAACUCAGUAAAACAUACUGUUUUUAUCCAGCAUAUUGCUUGGAUAGAAGUUUAAUUACUUUUUAAGCUACUAAUAACGUGUGAGUAAUAGCGGUUCAUGAUAUUCUUUUUACUCAAUUCAGAUAUUAUUUGUUGGUUAUUUGUUCGAUGUGAUUUAACAAUUAAAACCCACUUUUAAAGUAAAUUUAAAUACACUGAAAAUGAAUGUUUACGUUUAAAUCUGUGAGAUUGAUUACGAGAUUUUCUGGUUUUAUUUUAUCAUUACUAUUAAAAGAUCUAUCAAGAAUGGUUACCUAAGUUAACAGAAUUAUCACACAAAGCAUUUGAUGUUGCUCGCGAUAAGAUGAAUAAGGUCAGAGCCACAACUAAUUCACAGUCAUUAGUUUAUAAUCUAGUCCAUUCAGAUAUACUUCAUUCAUCAACACAUUGUUAUACAGUCAAUAAAACAAACUCAAUGCAUAAAGAUGAACGUAAUAAUGAAUGUUGUUUGAGUGAUAUAAUUAAUAAAUCACAGGUUGGUCAGAAUUCCAGUACUACUGGUGUUAUUUUACAUGAGAAAGAUGACAAAGUUAAUCCUGUAGAUGUUGAUCCAGAUCCAGAGUUGGAUCCAGAUAUCGAUGAGGAAGAAGAUGAUGAAAAAGACUGUGCUUUAGCUCCACUACAAACUCAUAAAAUUAACGCAAACAACCCAUCGACUCAUCAUUCAUCUCGACAGAGACAUAGGAUAAUGAAUCAAAAUAUUGGACAAAAUUUAACCUAUCCACAACAGGUAAUGCCUUUCUUUCAUGGUAAUUUACUUAACCCAACUGUUAUUCAACAACAGAAUCAGAAUACAUUAAUUUCUCAGUUACCUAGUGGUACUACUGGAAUUAAUACUUAUGGUCUUCAAGAUUUAGUCGAUUUCUCAAAUCCACAAGCUUUGCCUGCAGCGGCAGCUGCCGCUUCAUUAUUACUUUUCCGUUCGAGUGAUGAUGAUGAAGAUUUAGCUGCUAUUGAUCGUGUUAAUCAACGUUUAGCUUUAAGUAGAUUAACUGGGAAUUUCACAGAUACAAAUCAAUUAAUAAAUGAUUAUCCUAAUCUGCUUGGCCCAACACCUCCCCAUCAAACAUUAACACCUCAACCGCAAUCAUUGUUACCACCAACAAUACAACCAAUUAGAUCUUUACCUAUAACACAAUCAACCCUUCAAACACAAUUUCCACAUUCCACAACAAUAAAUGAAGCUUUAGUAAAUAGACGAAACAAUGUGCUGCAUCAUGAUUCACAUAACUAUUCCCAAUCUUCAACAAUUUCAACUAAUCCUCAUACAAUUACAGAUAUUGAUGAUAUCAAUGCACCAAUCAAUUCACAAGCGCCCAGAAGUUAUGAAACUGAAUCAAACUAUGAUCAAAAAUGAUUAUGCUUAUUGAUGUAUGAUGCAUAGUGAGAUAAUAAGAUUAAUGAUAUAUCAUAUAGAACACUUAUUUUUUACUCCUUUAAAUAUAACAUUGUUUGUCUUUCUUAGUGAUUAUCAGUUGUUUUUUUUCUUGUCAUAAUACUUGACAACUAAAAAUGUUUAUGAAGUCAUCUUUUGUUUUUCAUUGCUCGUUUAUAAAUAUCUUAAAAAGAAAAAGAAAACACAAUUAGUUCAGUCAUUUUAUUGUAAUAUAUUUGCAGCAUUGGACAUAUUCAAAUUAGUUAAUGUAUUUGCCUGCAUUUCAUUUGAUGUUUGCUUGUAUCGACUAUGGGUCUAUAUAGUCCCAUGAAUGUGAUAAAUCAAUCAUCAUUGUUAAAAUUAUUCUCAACAUUAUAUACAUAGUACAUGUAUACCGUAUACCUGAUCAUAUUUUUUUUUAAAUAAACAGAGUAAUAUCGAAAUAAUUUUAUGAUUUUUAUGCUUUUUAACUCAUUCACUUUAUAUUUUUAUCAUUAAUAUUCAAAUCAAGUAUUUUUGUGAUUAUGUAAUUGCUGGUGACACCAGCCUUCAUACCCAUAACAGCACACGUGACCAAGUUGGUCACAUUCAAAUCCUUCCUACACCUCUUACUAACUUCUAGUUUUGUUUUCAUCAAAAGAGAAUACUAAAAUACUAUGUACUUAGUUGUUAUUUUUUUUCUUUUUAAUAAUUGAACCUUGAUUUUCCAUUGUAAAUUUAUAAUUCAAAUGGUAUUAUGUUUAAAUAUUGAAUGUAAACAGUUCGUUUGUUUGUUUUUAUCUUUUGGUGGAGAGUUUUUUAUAACAUGAAGGCGUAGUGAUCAAAUUAUAGAUUAUUAUCAACUGAAUUAUGAUUGAAAAUCAAGGGUACUUUGUUCCAGUAUGAAUGUGGUAUUCUUUAUUGUUUUUAUUGUUACCAAUCGAAAUCAGUUCAGAACUAUUACCUUUAAAUUAUGUUAUAUAUAUAUAUAUAUAACAUAUAUAUAUAUAUAUAUAUAUAUAUAUAUAUAUAUAUAUAUAUACUUAUCAAUAUCAUCUAGUGUAUUUGAUUGUACUUUUAAAACUUCAAAAUUAAAAACAAACUAGUGGAAUUCUUUGAAUAAUUUAAUUCUACAUGAUUGCCGUAUGUCUUUCAUGAUCUCUAUGUCAUGAUUAAACAUUAAAUGAUUGAACUAAUUCAUAAAUGACUUAUCUAUAUAUUCAUGAAUAUGGUGUACUAUGUCAGUAAAUAAUAAACUGAAAACAAGUUUAAAUAAUAACAGUAAAAAGUAUACAAAAUAUAUAUAUAUUAAAAGAUUUCAUAUACACAACAUCGACGUGAAUGUGGCUUUCAUUGGCACAUAGAAUAUAUAGAACGAUAAAGGAAAUAAUUUGAAACAUGAUAUUACAAAGAAAGAACAUAAUUUUACUAAAUAUCAUUACAUCUGUUUAACAUAAAGAAUAGUUUUUACAUAAGACUACAUUUCAUCACAUUUCCUAUGGAUAUAAGCUCAUUAUAUAUUCAGUAAUAUCCUGAUUCAUUUCUAUCAAUAAGAGUAAGUUCUCUAUCCGAUAUUGUAUCACAUUGAAAAUGAAUAACUGAUUGAUAGAAGAAAAUUCAAAUAACUAAUGAAUAGAAGAAGAAAAAGAAAAACAGAUAUAACACAAUUUCAUUUAUUCUGUUCUAAAACGAUAAGCAUUUGCCCAAAUAUCAGAUAAACAAACUGUGGAAUGAAAACGAAAAAAUACAAUUAAAGGUAAUGCUAUAUGUGUAAUAAUUUUCCAUGCCAUAGAUGAAUAAUAAUUUAUAUGUAUACUAUGAUUAUCUGCGUGUUUCACUUCGAAUGUAUUCACAAACCACAUAGCUAAAUUCAAUACUAAUAAAAAUGUAAUCAUUGUACGUCCUGGUUUUUUUUGUACAUGUUCUAAUGUUCCAGCGCAUCGUCGAGAUGCUUCCAAAAUGAAAAACACCUAAAAUUGAAUGAAAAAAAGUGUUAAUUACCAUGUUUCAUUAGGAUGAAACGGUAUUUUAUAAACCAACGACUUACUAUAGUCAUUGUUGGACUAAAAAAAUUGGCUUUAUUCCAAAGUUAUCCUCGA